AUGGGCGGUACACCAAAUUACGGUGCCAUGCCGGGCUACGUCAAUGAUUCCAGCGGUGGCUGGCGCAGAAGCCGCAUGCACGGAAACCACAGAGAUUAUAACGCGGGCUACACGGGAGUGAGUGCUGGGGGCUUCGGCUGGGGCGGUGAUGGCGGCGGUGGAGGACACCAUGGGGGAGGCGGCCACCAUGGGGGAGGGGGUGGUUGCGAUGGAGGCGGUGGUGAUGGGGGCGGCGGUGGAGGUGGUGGUUGCUAA